AUGGCCAACGCCGCCGAAAAGAUUUCCGUCUACAACCUUGCAGACCUUAAGAACACCUCCGAUGAUGCUAUCCCCAACUAUCUCAACUCACUAAAGUUCCGCCAAUCUCAUACUCUUACCGAUGUUCGACUUGCGCUUGGCUACACAGCCUUUGGUAUCGCAGCCGCCUGUUUCCUAUGGGACUACAAGCUGGGCUUUGAGAGCACCAAAUACUACACAGCUGCUGCCGUUACGCUCUACACCUUGAUCAACACCGCCUUAACACUAUGGAUUAUGUUCCGAGAAAAGGGAAUAAUCUACGAGGGAACCUCACCCUCUGGUGAGAAGAUCUCUAUCAGCAGUUCUACCAAGAAGAACGUCCCUAUCUACAACCUCGCCGUCACCGUCACCGACAAAGGCUCGAAACCCAGCGUCCACAAGAUCUCUAAGCCUUUCACUGGCUGGUUUGAUGAAACCGGCCAGUUUGUUGCAGUUCCCUUUCAGGAGUUGCUCGCCAACUCGGUCCCUGUGAUUGGGAAGCGUGACCCAAAGCGUGUUACUGUGUCCAGUGAGCUAUUAGGUGCUAGCCCUGAUGUUCUCGAUGCCAUCCUUGCUGCCAAUGCGACUGGUGCUGAGACCGUAACGGCCGAUGUAACCGAAAACAAGGGAGGCAAGCGACGCAAGGCGUAA